CUCGCGCACAUUAUUCACAUCCUCCCGCAUUAUUCACAUCCUCCCGCACGGUUCAUUCCGCCUCACGCCUCAGCCCGGCACUGCUGCCCGGGACCGGGGACAGCGCGGAGCUCCCGCUCCGCUCCCACCGCCGGGUGCCGCCCCACACUUUAGACCCUCCCGGCUUCCCGUCCGCCCCAGAGGAGCGACCGGCGGCGGAGCCGCAGCUUCCCCCGGAGGAGGCGGUGGCGGGACGCGAGCCCUGAGGCAGCCGAGCCGCUUCCUCCUCCUCCCUCCUCCUCCUCCUCUUCCUCCCCCCAAGAUGGCGGCGGACCCCGCGGAUCAGUUCUGCGUGGCCGAGGAGCGCAGCGGCCACUGCGCCGUGGUGGACGGGAACUUUCUCUACGUGUGGGGAGGAUACGUGUGCAUUGAAGAAAAUGAAGUUUAUCUGCCCAGCGAUGAGCUCUGGAUCUAUGACAUGGACAGUGGGCUAUGGACAAUGCACCUGAUGGAAGGGGAGUUGCCCACCUCCAUGUCAGGCAGCUGUGGGGCCAGCAUCAAUGGGAAGCUGUACAUUUUUGGGGGAUUUGAUGAUAAAGGAUACAGCAAUCGGCUGUACUACGUCAAUUUGAGAACAAAAACCGGAACCUACAGGUGGAAAAGAAUCACAAAUUUUAAAGGUCAACCUCCCACACCUCGUGACAAACUUUCCUGCUGGGUGUACAAAAACAGGCUCAUUUAUUUUGGAGGUUAUGGCUGCAGGAAGCACAACGAGCUCAGUGAUUGUUUCGAUGUCCACGAUGCAUUUUGGGAAGGACAGAUAUUCUGGGGAUGGCACAACGAUGUUCAUGUUUUUGAUACAACCACACAGACCUGGUCUCAACCAACAAUUCGAGGUGCAGAUCCACCUCAGCCUCGAGCAGCUCACACAUGUGCUGUGCUGGGAAAUAAGGGUUACAUCUUUGGAGGACGAGUGCUGCAAACCAGAAUGAAUGAUUUGCACUGCCUGAAUUUAGACACUUGGACUUGGUCUGGAAGGAUUAAUAUCAGUGGAGAGAAACCCAGGGAUCGCUCCUGGCACACGCUGACCCCCAUAGGGGAUGACAGACUUUUCCUUUUUGGUGGACUAAGCUCUGACAAUGUUCCUUUGAAUGAUGGUUGGAUCCACAGCAUUGCAACAAAUGGAUGGAAGCAGCUCACCCAUCUGCCCAAGAGCAGGCCCAGGUUGUGGCACACGGCCUGCCUUGGGCAGGAGGGAGAAGUGAUGGUGUUUGGGGGCAGCAAAGAUGAUUUGCUUUUUAUGGACACGGGUCUGCAUCACUGCAGUGACUUGUUGAUAUUUCAGACUCAGCCUUAUUCCCUGCUCAGGCUGUGUCUUGACUGCAUUGGGAAGAACGCAGCCCUCUUGGAGAACCAAAUUCCCUGCUUGCCAUCCAAACUUCUGCAGGAAGUGCUGAAAAAAAUCACUUUUUGGGCUGCCAUGACCCACAGGCAGGAGAGGAAGGCUGAGACAGAGAGGCAGAGCCAGCUCCUCUCCACAUGAAGCAGGGCAGGGAGCUGUGGGACACCCCAGAGAGGUUUUUUCAUGAACUUUGCUGCUGUUCCACUGCAGCCCUGUGUUCAGCUGGGUUUCUGGGUGAAGUUUGGCAACAAAUCCUUUUUUUUUAUGGGAAUCUCCCGUUUCCUGCGUUAUGGAAAACUGAUACAACUUCAUUUCUAGAUAAUUGUUCACCUCUGCUGUCGUGGGUUUGGCCACACAGCCCUCACAACCUUUUUGUUCUUUUGGAAGGGGACGUGAUCCAUUUCAGCUGGAUAAAAAUAUGGUUUAAGUCUAAAAAUCCUCCUUGGCCUUAUCCCCAUCAGCCUUCCCAAAAAGAUAAAUUCAGCUCGGUGUCUUGGGAUCACUCACACCUUGUCAGUCUUAAAGGUAACAAAUUUACCACCACCAAAUGUUGAUUCCACCAGGCUCUGACCAAAAUCCAACCCUGGAGCCCCACACCUCACACUCCGAGUAGGAAAAUGCAUCAGGGAAUUGUGAAACUUGAAAGAAAAAGCUGCAACAUCACCUGGUCUCUAUAGGAAAACUUCAGUUCAUCACCUGGUUUCACUGUUUCUGCCAUCAGGAAAUCCUUUUGGAAAUAAGUUGUAAAUUGUAUUUUGGAUGUGCAAAGUUUAUAUUUCAUUCUUGUUAAAAAAAAACAAACAACAACAAGGUUGCUAAUUUAUUGUUUAAAAAAAAGGCAAAUGUAGUACUGGUUAUUUUUCUGUUUCAAAUAUUUAGUUAACAGGAGCACAGUCAUUAAAAUUUUAUAGAGCAUUGAA